AAACCCAAUAUGCAGAACAUGCUUCUUCCUCUCCUUCUAGUUUACACAUAACAUAUAGAGAGAGAGAGAGAGAGAGAUGGGGCAAGAGGAGGAGGAGAGAGAAAGCGUACCGGUAGCAGUGACGGAGGAGGAGGAAGAAGAAGAAGAAGAAGCCAAAAAAGAAAGAAAGGAGGAGGCUUGCAACUUGAGGAAGCAUUCUCUCAUUAUGGAAAUUUCUUCCAAGCUCAUCCAUGGUGAUCUGGACUCCAAGAUUGAAGCUGCUAGAGAUAUUCGAAAGCUAGUGAGGAAGACUUGUUCUUCUUAUUCUUCGUCUUCGUCUUCGCCUUCUCCUUCCCCUUUUUCUGGGAAAACUCGGUCCAAAUUGGGUGUGGCGGGUGUGAUUCAACCAUUGGUAUUGAUGCUGGUCUCACCUAACCCAGAUGCCCGAGAAGCCGCUCUCCUCGCCCUCCUCAACCUCGCCGUCCGCGACGAAAGAAACAAGGUCAAGAUAGUGACAGCUGGAGCCGUACCCCCUCUUGUAGACCUCUUGAGGUUCCAAAAUGGUAGUUUAAGGGAACUAGCUACAGCGGCAAUCUUAACCCUGUCUGCUGCUGCAUCAAACAAGCCAACCAUUGCAGCUUCUGGCGCUGCACCUCUUCUGGUACAGAUUCUCAGCUCUGGUAGUGUUCAAGGAAGAGUUGAUGCUGUGACAGCGCUACACAAUCUCUCUACCUGCAAAGAGAACUCAAUUUCUGUUAUUGAUGCUAGAGCAGUUCCUCCUCUUAUCAACCUUCUCAAAGAAUGCAGGAAGAAGUACUCUAAAUUCGCUGAGAAAGCAACAGCCCUACUCGAAAUCCUAUCGAACUCUGAAGAAGGGCGUGUUGCAAUCUCAAACUCAGAUGGGGGGAUAUUAGCAUUAGUAGAGACUGUUGAAGAUGGAUCCCUUGUGAGCACUGAACAUGCAGUUGGAGCUUUGCUUUCUUUAUGCCAGAGCUGUAGAGAUAAGUAUCGGGAACUCAUUCUCAAAGAAGGUGCAAUCCCAGGCCUUCUGCGUUUGACAGUAGAGGGCACACCAGAAGCCCAGGAGAGGGCUCGCACGCUUUUGGACUUGCUUAGAGAUACACCCGAUGAAAAGAGACUAACAUCCUCAGUCCUAGAGAAAAUAGUUUACGAUAUUGCUGCCAGGGUAGAUGGAGCGGAUAAAGCUGCAGAAACUGCAAAGAGGCUGCUGCAAGACAUGGUUCAGAGAAGCAUGGAGCACAGCAUGAGUAAUAUCCAACAUAGAGCUGCAUCUUGUACACCCGCCAAUAUUUCCUCGUCAUGAUACAUCCAUUUUUGGCUCUGGAAGCUGAAAAAAAUUGGGUAGAGUUUUAUACUGAAUCCUUGUUUUGUUUGGGCAGUUGAAACUCUACUCAGCUAAAUUACCAUACUAAAUGUGCAGAAACGACUGGAGUUUGACUUUCCCAGGGAUGUUCUUGUUAACUCAUGAGUGAUCUUGCCCUUGGGGCAUUUGUAUAUAUAAAAGAACUGUAUGCUAAUUAAUUUACAUGUACAUUACUUGUGAUCACAAGAGCUUGAGAGUUGUCUCCUUGAGGUUGCAUAGUAAUCAUCUGGUUUUCGCUGCA